AGGUCCGUAAUUAGAUUCCUGCUGUCCGUGUAAACGCAGUCAGUGUCGGCUGAAAAUGGUCCACCAGACAAAUAUCUGCUUGGUGGUGUUCCAUUUUCAUUGACGGGCAGGGUAGAGGGGCUACAGUCGGUAACUGUAUAGUUUGAUUCAUUCUUCCUGGGAGUCGAUUCGUUGAAAAAAAAAAAAGAUUCACUCGUCAUAAAAUGGAAGCUUCAUUCUGACCCAGGCCUGAAUGUGUCAAACAAGGACCCCAGUGCUAGGCGUAUUUAGACUUGCCCACUGUGCUGUAAUGCGGUUCAGGGUUUAACGGGUUAACCCGCACAUCUGCGUUCACCGACGUAACCGCAACUCAGUGCGCUCGCGCGCUUUACCGACCGGCUUCAUGGCUCAUACAGGAGAUGCAGACGCUCUUCACGGCAUCACUGAGAUGGAGAAACUGAGUGGUGGUGAGUGUGAGAUGAUGAAGGCAGAUCUGGAGGCUUCGCUCUCGGAGAGCUGCAGGUCAGCUAUUCAGUGUCGGGAUGUGUGUCGCUCCUACGGAAAGCUGCGAGUCCUCAGCAGCCUCAACCUGUCUGUACCUCAGGGCCACAUUUACGGCUUGCUGGGCCCGAGCGGUUGUGGGAAGACUACUCUGCUGAAGUGCAUCGUGGGAACUCUGAAGAUCUCCAGAGGUCACAUCAGCGUGCUCGGGAAGCCGCCGGCGUUCCCCGGACACGAGGUGCCUGGAAAGAUGGUGGGAUACAUGCCACAGGACAUAGCUCUGUAUAACGAGUUCACCAUCAGCGACACGCUCUGGUUCUUUGGCCGAAUCCACGGCCUCUCAUCCAAAGAGACGCGGGAGCGGAUGAAGUUCCUCGUCGAAUUUCUGGACCUCCCGCAGAAGAACAGUCUCGUCAGAAACCUCAGUGGGGGUCAGCGACGCCGCGUUUCUCUGAGUGCUGCUCUUCUUCAGAACCCUCAGCUCCUCAUCCUCGACGAGCCCACAGUAGGAGUAGAUCCUGUUCUACGAGCCAAAAUAUGGCAGCACCUGGUGGAGAUUGUGAAAGGAGGACAGGUGUCCGUCAUCAUCACUACACACUACAUAGAGGAGGCCAGACAAGCCAACAUGGUGGGGUUAAUGAGGAACGGGAGACUGCUGGCGGAAGCCAACCCAGAGGAGAUCAUGAAGCAGCACAAUGCAGUCACCCUGGAGAAUGCUUUUCUACAGCUUUGUGAGGUCUCGGACCAAGUGGGGCCCCCAGACAGUUCUCAGGGUCCUGUGUACAGUAACAGCGUGUCUCCAGACAGCCUGAGGGACGAGUGCAGAGAGCCCAUUUUGGGGAAGGAUGUAUCGGCGACAUCAGACAUCCCCAAAUUUAAAGCGGACUGGAAGGCGAGAGCGCGGCACGUCAUUCCAAAAUGGCGAAACAUCGCAGCGCUGACGAUCAAGACGAUGGUGCGAAUGAGAAGAAAUCCGGGCUCACUGUGUUUUCAGUUCCUGUUGCCCGUGAUUCAGAUCUGUCUGAUGUGUUUGUGCAUCGGCGGUGAUCCGAAGGGCAUCCAGGUGGCUGUGGUCAAUAACGAAACCAGCUCGGGCGCCUACAGCCGCUCUCUCCUCUCUUUCCUCGACAACACCAGCAUCUCCCAGGUGAACCUCUCCCAUUCUGCUGCUUUUGAAGGCGCCCGUAACGGGGAGUACUGGGGCGUCAUCGAGUUUGGCAAGAACUUCACCAGCUACCUGACCAAAAGGAUGUUGCAGCCGAGAGUCUCCAGAGACAUUGUCGAGGGGGGGUCCGUCCACGUUUGGCUCGACUUGACGAAUCGACAGAUAGGAAUAAUGCUGCAAAAGAAGCUGCAUGAAGCAUUUCAGGCUUUCGUGGGAAGUAAGAUGGGCAGUCAGGCCUACCUAGUGUCUGUUCCAAUUAAGUUCGAGGAGCCAAUAUACGGCAGUCAGAACACUACAUUCACUACGUUUGUGACUCCAGGAGCUGUCCUGAGCAUCACUUUUUACCUGGCGGUGGGACUCACUGCUCUGUCCUUCGUCUUGGAAAGGAAAGAAGGGCUGUUGGACAGGUGCUGGGUGGCAGGCGUGAGUUCUCUGGAGACCAUGCUGGCACAUCUCUUCACUCAGCUGUUGGUCAUCAGCGUCCAGAUCAUCCUGCUCCUGCUCUUUAUCCUGCUCGUCUUUAAGAUUCCCAACGAAGGCUCCCUGGUCCUAGUCAUCUGCCUGAUCGUUCUUCAGGGUGUGACCGGAAUCUCCUUCGGAUUGGUUAUUUCGUCCGCCAUCGACGACGAGCAAUCGGCCAAUCAGGCAGCUCUCGGCAUCUUCUAUCCCAACCUCAUCAUCAGCGGUGUCAUUUGGCCGGUGGAGUGUAUUCCGUAUCCGCUGCGAUACCUGAGUCUUGUGCUGCCUCAGACGUACGCAUCUGAAGCCCUGCGAUGCAUUAUGUACCGAGGAUGGGGUCUGUCGCGCAUGAUGGUGUGGCGCGGCUUCGCCGUCACGCUCGGCUGGAACACGUUCUUCCUCAUGCUGGCCACCGUCAUCCUCAAGCUGAGGACAUGAAGGACGCCGGUCACUGGAAGGAGCUUCAGAUCAUGGAGAGAGGCAUCAGGCGAGUCCCAGGCUUCAUGGAGAAGACAAGGCCUCUCUCUCACUCAAUAAUUUUUGUUGCGGCUCUCACGAGUGGAAGAAUGGGGAUUUUUCACCUGCAGUAGGGCCGCUAAUCAGAGUUCACUAUUAGGCCGAAGGCUACCUCGGAGUAGCCGAUCAGGCUCUUCUUUUUUCAUAAGAACCAGAACCAGAACCAGUCACCUCAGG